GAUGGUCACCUACGACUUCGCCACAGCCACGCCGCUCAUUUCCUUUGGGGCGGUGCUGGGAAAGACCAGCCCUGUCCAGCUGCUCAUGAUGGGCGUCAUUGAGAUUGUGCUGGCUCAGCUCAACGAGUACAUCGGCGUAGAGCUUCUACAUGUCAAGGAUAUUGGCGAGUCUAUAUUCAUCCACAUAUUUGGCGCCUAUUUCGGGCUGGCUGUCGCCAGAGUUCUGUUUUCUGAAGACAUCGACAAAUCUGAUAAAGAAGGAACUGUUUAUCAUUCUGAUUUAUUUUCUAUGAUCGGCACACUAUUUCUCUGGAUCUUUUGGCCUUCGUUCAAUGGAGGAUUCGCUGACGACCAGCAGCAGAGAGACCGGGCUUAUCUCAACACGUUCCUCUCACUGUGUGCCUGCUCCGUGAUGACUUUUGCCGUGUCGGCGAUCGUUGACAGUAGAGGCAGGUUCAGUAUGGUGCACGUUCAGAACUCAACACUAGCAGGUGGCGUAGUUGUCGGAGCUACAGCCAACAUGCCCAUGCAGCCGUUCGGAGCCAUGAUAUUUGGUGCUACCGCGGGGAUCGUCAGUGUGCUGGGCUACAAGUUCUUGACGCCAUUUCUGGCUAAACAUUUGAAGAUUCACGACACCUGUGGCGUUCACAACCUUCAUGGCAUGCCUGGGGUUUUGGCAGCAAUCGGUUCCUCGAUCCUGGCAGCUGUGUCUGGCACCUGGAGCCUGCAUGA